GUUCUGCAGGCUAGUGCCAGGCUGUCGAACAUAAUCGGAGAUAGUAUUCUAUAGUUUUUACCGAAUGGACGAUUGAAGAACAGAAAAGGAAGAUGGCUACCGCUGCGAAACAUCAAGAUAUGCCGCCAGAAGGUGGUUACAAUCCAAUAAAUUAUGCCAGAAUCCCCGCUAAGAAGUAUUUCAGUGGGUCUACGAUGAUUUUGGGAUAUUUGGCAGUCACAGCAGUUUCUGGUUAUGUGUACUACCUUACUUGGAAGAAGGUUAGGCAAGAUCAGAUUGAAAUGAGAAGUGCCAGGCUUGCGUUACAACCACUACUUACAGCAGAGAGGGACAGAGAGUUUUUGAAUCAGUUACGUCGCAAUCGUGAUGAAGAGGCUAAGCUGAUGGCCAAUGUACCAGGUUGGGAAGUUGGCACAUGGUAUGGAGAGCCAGUGUACAAAACUCUUCCUCCCGAUACACUGGUUACACCUUACAUAUAUGAAUUUUAUGCUCACGCUUCUGAUAGUGAAUUCAAACGAAGAACAACACUUGUGUUAUGGUCAUAAGUGUUUCUGCCCAAGUAUGAAUCAGCAGACUACACUUGUCGAUUUAACAUUAUAAAUAGUAGAUAUGCUUGUAUUAUUAAGUUCAGAUUAUGUUACAGCUGUAUGUAUGUAUUUUGCUAAUAAUAAAAAACCGUAGUGAUAAUUAUA